AUGAACGGCAGCGGUGCCAAUGGAGGCGCUGACGGGAAUGCGCCCGCCGGCACCGAAUACACUCUGCAGGGUGUUAUGCGAUUUCUCCAGCUCGAAUGGCACAACCACGAGCGUGCCCGCAAUGCAUGGGACAUUGAGCGCGCAGAAAUGAAGGCCAAGAUUGCAAAGCAGGAGGGCGAGGUCCGUAGUGCGAAGAAGCUCAACGACCAACUCAACAAGCACAUCCGCAUGCUCGAGCAGGCCCUCACCAACGAGAGGAAAAACAAGGCCAACGCUGCAGGCGGCGAUGCUGCCGACGACAAGAACGACCCCAAGGGUAAGAAGACUGGCGCCGGCCUGACUAAACCCCAGAACACCAAGCACAACUCCUUCCUCGACGUCGAUUCCGAGUUCCUCGACCGCUCCGAGGCCGAUCGCGACGGUCUGCGGGAAAAGUCGAAGCUCUAUCUCACAAAAUGUGUUGAAGAGAUUACAUAUCUCCUUACUCCCCCGCCUCAACCCCAGCCCCAACAACAGGGCAUGCAAGCCCUCGCAAACGGCACUGGAUUCAUGGGCCAUGGAGACGCCUCUAUGGAAGAUAUCUACCUGCAACAACAUCGCCAGAGGCUGCAGUCGCACCUUCCCACCAUGCCCGGACCCCUGCCCAACUACCAGCCCCCUAACAUUCCCGUCACUUCUGAACUACAGAAUCUGCCCCCCCACCACCAGAUCCACCAUGCCCCGCAGAUGGCUCGAGAGCCUUCCCAGCAACAGCCACUCGCUCAGAACCCAAGUUUGACCCAGGACCUUUCUGGACAGCAACGUCAACCCCUAAACCAGCAACACUAUUCUUCCGUGCCUGACGAGCAAGUCGAGAAGGUGACGCAUGCUUUUGACAACGCAGGCCGGCAAAUAGCAGGUCAAGAGGAAGAUGCUGCAGGAGCAAAUCAGGUGCCAGCCCAGGAAAAAGAGUCCGACGAGUGGAUUUUUGACCCUGCGUCCGAUGUAGCCCAGGAAGGGCCACCGAGGAGACCAGACGUCGAGGAGUUCCCAUCCGCAAACAGCAUUCCUGCAAAAUCUCCGCCCCGGCCAGCCAAGAGAACAAGUAAAGAUCACACUAGACGACUGAGCAGUGACCACAAGGCUCAACAAGUCGCUGCACAAGCGGCCUCAAAAGCGGAUCCGCAAAGUUUCAAGGUCCGAUUCGCCCUCCGUGGUCAUCUGGAUGUCGUACGGUCCGUCAUCUUCACCGGAGGCGGCAGUCCUAGCGAACCAGAAAUUUGCACAGCGGGAGACGAUGGUAUGAUCAAGAGAUGGAUGAUACCUGCAAGUUAUGCGAGUCAGCACACCAUGAACAAUGAUUUGGACAUUCAACCUUUCUGGUCGCACAGAGGCCAUGAGGGUGCUGUAACAUCCCUAGCUGCUUGCCCCGCCUCUGCCCAUUUUGCAACUGGUGGCAGGGUAUCGGGUGACGGCUGGAUAUUCUCGGGUGGCCAAGAUGCGACAGUUCGCGUGUGGGAGCGAGGCCGCGUCGAUCCAAAAGCCACCCUGGAAGGUCACACCGAUGCUGUUUGGACAAUGUGUGUUCUCCCCACCACUUGCGGAAAUGUCUUCGGAGCCGACAGCAGCAAAUACGGCGGCGCAGACCGAGUGAUACUGGCUUCUGGCUCUGCAGACGGAACCAUCAAGAUUUGGGCAGUUAGUGCGCCGCCCCAGUUGGUGUCGCCUCAAACUGGGUCACGCCGCGGUGUUGGUGGUAGUCGAAGGCACUCGGUUACUUCUGGAUCGAACCACCCAUCAUCGCCACAGCCGAGCAUUGCUACCAGCACACCAUUCCAUUACAUGCUCAUUCACACUAUUGAGCGCGACACGCACCCCUCACCUACAUGCAUCAGCCCGCUCUCCCCCACUGGCGAGAAUUUCGUUGUUUCUUUUACUGAUGCAUCGAUAUUAGUAUACGACACAAGAACAGGCGAAGAGUUGAUCGGUAUGGCCAGUAACGAGUCCUACGAUGGUACACCAGCGACUGGUAUUACCUCUGUCGUGACGAGCUCCCAAUACCUCGAAGGUCCAUCACAAGAGGGGGGCCGCGGCGGUUCUGAGGAAGAAGGGAUACAUGGUCCAACCGGAUCAAACAGUAGCGGCGGCCUUGAAGGCGUCAUUAUAAGCGGGCACGAAGAUCAUCUCAUCAGAUUCUUCGAUGCCAACUCUGGCCAGUGUACAUACAGCAUGCUCGCGCACCCCGCUGCCAUCUCUUCUCUUUCUCUCAGCAAAGAUGGCCGCGAAGCUGUUUCUGCUGGCCACGACGCUUCUAUCCGCUUUUGGUCACUCGACAAGCGUAUUUGUACCCAAGAAAUUACCGCACAUCGUAUCAUGCGCGGCGAAGGCGUGUGCAGUGUCGUCUGGAGUCAGGACGGCCGUCUCGUUGUCUCGGCAGGUGGUGAUGGCAUAGUAAAGGUCUUUGCAAGAUAG